CUUCUCUCCCUGUCCUUUCGGACUUUUGCAGUGCUCUCUCUCUCUCUCCCCAAAUAAAAGCCAACUUAUCAUCCCACCGUUUAUUUUACCUCCAGCUCUCAUUCAGCUAACCCAUAUUCCAUAACUCACAAAUAUAACCAGCACACCCUCCUCCCUCUCUCUCAAAAACCAUGUCUAAAAUCCUAUGCAAGAACUUCCACUGCUUCCCUAAUUUCAUCAAAUGCCUACCCACAAUCCAAGCUCCACCGGAUCAAGCCUCAAACGAAUUAGACCACCAAAACCAGCCACCACGUCCCUCUACCACCACAUGUACAUCUCUUAUCAUCAAGAACUUCAACUCCCUCUACCAUGACUUCAACUUGGUGAACUCAUCAUCAGAUCACUCAACCUUCAAAUCCCUCACAGCCUCCUCCUCCUCCGCCGACGAUCACUUCUACAACUCCUCCGACGAAUCAGACGCCGACCAGUACUCCCCUCCAGAUUUCGCCACCAUCUUCGCCUCUCAACGCUUCUUCUUCUCCUCCCCGGGACAAUCCAACUCCAUCGUCGAGUCUCCAGACACCACCACAAAACCCAAGUCUUCUCACAAAAGAAUGUUGGUCACCAAAGGCGUGCGCGUUCCCAAGUAUUCCUCAAACCCUUACAUGGAUUUUCGGCGUUCGAUGGAGGAAAUGCUCGAAGCGAAUCGAGAUCAUAUAUCGGCAGGUGAUCAUGUUCAUGCUACAAGCGAUGACAUGGAGUAUUUACAUGAGCUUCUCUUGUGCUACCUUUCGCUCAAUCCGACACACGCGCACAAGGACAUUAUCAGUGCCUUCACCGAUCUUGUCAUCGGCCUACUGUGUGCUGAAGAUUCACCAGCACCUGCACCAGCUUCAGCGGCUGAUAUGACCGUGAAAAAAAAGCCGGAAACUCAUUAGUUAGUGGCGACGCGACUAACAUUUGGUGGCGGUUAGCGUAACGGUUCGAAAAAGAGAAAAAAGACAAAGAAAGAUAAGUCGUUUGUAUUGGCUCUUCUCUUUCAAUGGAUGUUCAUGUUUAUGUAUGAGGACAAAGAAAAUACGUAUUUUGAUGAUCACAAAACCAAGGAAGGCGUGGGAUAUGUUGAGGUCUCGAGAUGUCUGUUUAUGCAUAUUUCUUGUAGUAUUUGUUGAUUGUGCUGCGUAAAAAAUUGUUUUUAGGUUUAACAAUGUACCUUUUUUGUGGUUGAAUGUUCGUCAUUGACAAUGGUAAUUGGUGGCAAGAAAGUAUGGUUUACUAUUCUUGGCCUCUUUGUGGACCUCUGGUGGUCCUGCU